AUGGCCCCUCCAGAGCCUCUGGCAUCCCCGACGAAGAUCCCCCUGUUGCAAGAGAAGGCCCUUGAUACACCAGCUACAGAUUUCAGCGGCGAAAGCCCUCCGCCUUCUCCUGGUCAACAACAUGCAUCCAAGAGCAACAUGGAGGGCGCCCUAACCUCCUUGCUUUGGGGAGCAUUUGGACCAUGCGUCCCUGUCGUGGUUGUAUGCAGCGUCUUGCUGACAGCAGUUCUCUACAAUCGCAUUCCGGAGAGCUACGUCUUCGACCCGGCCAAGCAAACCAAAAUGUCGGACGAUGCUCUGAGCGCCCUCCAUGGCAUUCAAGAGAUUGAGAACAACGGUGGCAGCAAAGCGUACUAUCUCUACGAGAAGGGCAUCACUAAUCCUGCUGUCUUACACAUGAUCUCUUCCUGGACGGCGAAGAUCCUUCCUUUCGUGACCGGAGCUAGCAUGGCGUUGGUAGCAUUUUUGGCUGGCCAGCGCAUCAUCAGGGCAACAUCGACCAAGUCAGAAAAACUCCCGAGCCCACAUCAAGUUUCCAUCCUGAUAAACUUGCUGAACGGUGGGGGAGCACAGCCACUGCUUGAUACCCUUAAGUACCGUUGGCAGAACCACGAGGACUUGGUACAGCCAGUUCCCUUGGCCUUCUGUUGCCUCCUAUUCAUCGUGGUCAUGACGUUCGUGAUUGGGAUUCUGGAUAGUUGGUUUGGUGCCGCGACAAAAGCCAUCAACAUCGCUCUUGUCAUCCCGAGUGCAGCCACAACUUUCUCCUUUGGACGAAGUCUAGAUCCGGAGCGGUGCGCCACAGGAUCCUGGCAGAGGCACAGAUGUCCGUCGAACCCUAACGUGCAGUGUCUUUACCCAUGCAGCAUGACGAGCUGGAACGCAUCAGGUCAAGAGCGAGAAGGCCUUUACCAUGCGCAAGAGGCAGCGGAGACUCUAAUGCGGAACUCCCGGACCAAUACCAUUUUUAAUGUCACAGUCGAUGAUGGAUCUAACUACUAUUUCCUUGGGGAUCUUCACAGCAGCAUGAAGCUAGACUUUGUCGCACCAACGCUCGCCGUCAAGACCGAGUGCCAGGUGGUGACGAAUACCUGCGAUGUCAACCCGGAAGGCGGUUUCACAUGCGGAACGUACACUGCACCGUCCUUUUCAUUCUCCGGCCAGGUCGGAGUCGCGGUCGAGAACGCAACUUCGUCACCCGACGAGGCAAUGGUCGGCAUUCAGUUCUUCAACGACUCGGCCUUGGCGCAACCAGUCGGACUCGGAAGCAGCGCUACCGAUCUAUUCACACCUACUAAUCCUGUUCAUUUCCUUUCCUGGAGCAAGGGCUUCCCUCCUGUGGACACUUACGCUGAUGAGUUCGGAUACAUGCGGACCCGCGGCUUCUUGAAGAACGACACAAAUGGGGACACAGUCUUCAUUCUGUCCUGCUCCGCGACCAUCUACGAGGCCGAGUACUACUGGAUGAACGGAAGCGUGGUGCCCACUGAACUCAAAGCAUACGAACUGGCAGCCGACUACUACGGCGCGGUUUACAGCGCCCCCUUUGCAACGAACAGCCCUCUCUCGCACCUGGCCCUUCAGGACGCCGCAGCACUAGCUGCCUACCAGCUCCGACCAGAUGGCCUCGGCAAGGUCUUUGCCAACCUCUUUUCCAAAGCGGCUGUGGCGUUUUCCGCCGGUCUCUCCGUCCCCGUCCAGAACGACCGAGAGUGGACGCGCGAGAACACCUACCUCGCAACACGGGUCCCGCUGUUACCGCUGUAUACCCUGAUUGCGCUCAAGGGUGUCUAUGCCUUCUUCGCCUUGGCUCUCGCCAUGCUCGCCGUCUUCAAGACCCGCCCAUCAGAAGCCCAUGAAGUGAAAGAGAGAUUGACGGUCGAUGGUCUCGCUGCCGGGUUCUUCGAACCCAACGCUGCGCACGAGAAGGCCGUCAAACAAGUCUCCGAUCUCUUCCACGAACAUCAGACGCCCGAAAAGAGCGACGCGACACAGAAGAUCGGCCUCCUGCAGACCGAUCAGGGCGGCUGGCUUUGGGUGACGGUCGCGCGCCAAGCAUUUGAAGGCCUCGGACUCCACGAGGUCAUCAACACGGCGGCGGACCAGGUUGCCGAUGCCGCUGCGAGCAAGCAGGGGACGGCCGGUCAAGUGGGCGAGGGAUAUAAAUUGAUCAAGGACAUUCUUUAG